UUCUAUGCACGUUUUCUGUGGUAGUACAAAAAUACUGACUGUUUAAAAUGCAUCUAAGACCUGUGUUAAUUCUUGUAUUAGUAUUGUCUUUGACAGAAAUCCACAAUGCGGAAGCAACUCCCACAAACAAAAGAAUUAGUUCUAGGAUAAUCGGUGGUACAAAUGCUUACGCAGGCCAGUUUAAAUUUGCCGCUGCUAUAACAGUUCAUACAGAAACCAGCAGAUUCUUUUGCUCGGGAGCUCUUAUCACUAACCAAUGGAUUUUAACAGGUGGUCAAUGCGUUAAUGGAGCUACUCUAUUCACAAUCCAGUUAGGAUCGAACACACUCAAUGGUGAUGACUCAAAUCGGGUGACUGUCGCCACAUCAGAAUACUCUUUGCACCCAGAUUUUAACCCAGCAACACUGGAGAACGAUAUAGGGCUUAUCAAACUCAGAAUUCCAGUGGAACUUACUGAUUACGUUGAUACCAUAGAUUAUUUGCCUACGGUUCCAGUACAAGUUGCGACAAGCCUUUUGUCACUAGGAUGGGGACAAAUUAGUGAUGAUGAUCCUGAGCUAGCCAACCAUCUCAACUGGGUUCAAGUGACUUCAUUAUCCAACAACGAAUGCAAGCAGUCCUACGGGAGCCAAAUUACCGACAAUAUGGUUUGCGUAAGCGGAAAUUACAAUGAAGGAACUUGCAUUGGAGAUAGCGGUGGACCACUGGUACAUGUUGUCAGCAGAGGCCAAAUGGUACACACUGGGGUCUCAAGUUUUAUAAGCGGAAAUGGUUGCCAAAGUACUGACCCUUCGGGUUAUACAAGAACAUAUCCGUACCUUAAUUGGAUAAAAAAUAUAACCCUUAUUUAAUAAAGAUUUUUGAUGAAAAAACGAGUUGAAAUAACGUAUUGUAGUCGCAGAUUUCUUACUGUACCACCAUUUUUUUAACAAGACAAUAGAAUACCGUUAUCGGAACACUUCAAAACAAAGGAUUAGUAAAAUAACUUUGCAAAAAAUGCUAAAAAUGUGUACAUACGUUCAAUUUAUGAUAAUUGAUAAGAUAAGAGUUAAAGGUAGCAUUAAGAAGGUGAAACAAUAAAAACAGUAAAAGAAGAACGCCCAGAUUAGAAUAAAACAUGAAAUUCCUGCUUCUAUUGUGCAUACCUUUAGUGUAUGGUUAUAUCGUACCUGAG